AUGAACAACCACUUCAUUGUCCUAGAGUUGGGCCCGGAUGUGCAGUUCUCUUAUGCUUCUCACAAGGCUGUGACCGAAUACAAGGAGGCUAAGGCUCUUGGAGUUGAAACUGUCCCGGUCUUUGUUGGCCCAGACAACUACUUAUUGUUCUCAAAACCUGCAAAGGGUGUGUCGAUAAAACCUUUGAUCUUCUGUCUCUUCUUGAUAAAAUCCUUCCAAUUUACAAGUAUGCUUCUUUUUCCUAAUCAUUUUCAUGUUCUUUACAAUAAAGUAGAAUCCCAGUUUCAUUACAACAAGAAUUACCCCUGCAGGGAAGUGAUUGUUAAGUUAAAGGAAGCAGGUGCUACAUGGAUCCAGGUUGACGAGGCUACCCUUGUGAAGGAUCUUGAGGGGUACCAAUUAGAAGCUUUCACCAAGGCCUACUCUGAGCUAGAAUCAGCCUGCUCUGGUCUUAAUGUUAUUGUUGCCACCUACUUUGCUGAAGCAUUCAAAACCCUAACUUCAUUGCCUGGAGUUGUUGGUUUCACUUUUGAUGCUGACACCUGCAUUCUCAGGCCGCUGCUUUGA